UCAUCGCCCGUGAAUGUUUGCGUCGGGACGGGGGCACGGAACUGCUGUAGGGUCGACGAAUAAUUGGAGAUGAAGGAGAAAAAUGGAAAUUAAACAGCGGUUUUAGUCUUGUGGCCGUAACUCAGCGGCAGAACGAUUAUUUGUAGCCUCGCUCUUCAGUGAAUGUUAUAUGAGGACUCGCGGAGGAAGUGCUUUAGUCGCAGUAAGGUAGCGAAUGUAGGCAGAGUUGGGGAGGGCUGUAGCUGCUGGGGUUUUUUUUGGAGAGGGAAAACAACAUGGCUGCGGUGGAGCUCGAAUGGAUCCCAGAAACACUGUACAACACCGCUAUCUCGGCGGUGGUGGACAACUACAGCCGGUCGAGAAGGGACAUACGCUCGCUCCCGGAAAACAUACAGUUUGAUGUGUAUUAUAAGCUUUACCAGCAGGGCCGGCUCUGCCAGCUGGGGGGAGAGUUCUGUGAGCUGGAGGUGUUUGCUAAAGUACUGCGUGCUUCAGACAAAAGACACCUCUUGCACCAUUGCUUUCAGGCACUAAUGGACCACGGUGUGAAAGUGGCCUCAGUUCUGGCAAACUCCUUCAGCCGUCGCUGCUCCUACAUCGCAGAGUCUGACGCCCAUGUCAAAGAGAAGGCCAUCCAGUUCGGCUUUGUGCUGGGUGGCUUCUUGUCUGAUGCGGGCUGGUAUGGAGAUGCAGAGAAAGUGUUUCUGUCGUGCCUGCAGCUGUGCACGCUCCACAGUGAGGUCCUCCACUGCUUCCGCGCUGUGGAAUGCUGUGUCAGGCUGCUUCAUGUCCGCAAUGGCAACUGUAAGUACCACCUGGGGGAGGAGACCUUCAAGCUUGCUCAGUCUUACAUGGACAAACUAGCCAAACAUGGCCAUCAGGCCAACAAGGCAGCGCUAUACGGCGAGCUUUGUGCCUUGCUCUUCGCCAAAAGCCACUAUGAUGAGGCAUACAAGUGGUGUAUAGAGGCUAUGAAGGAAAUUACUCCAGGGCUGCCUGUCAAAGUAGUGGUUGAUGUCCUCCGGCAAGCCUCCAAGGCCUGCGUGGUGAAAAGAGAGUUCAGAAAAGCAGAGCAGCUGAUCAAACACGCAGUGUUUCUAGCAAGAGAACAUUUUGGACACAAGCAUCCAAAGUACUCCGACACGCUGCUAGAUUAUGGAUUUUACUUAUUAAAUGUAGACAACAUAUGCCAAUCAGUUGCUAUUUACCAGACAGCACUGGACAUCCGACAGUCUGUGUUCGGGGGGAAGAACAUCCACGUCGCCACAGCCCAUGAAGACCUGGCCUACUCCUCAUACGUGCACCAGUACAGCUCUGGGAAAUUCGACAACGCUCUAUUCCAUGCAGAACGUGCCAUAGACAUCAUAACUCACAUUCUGCCUGAGGACCAUCUGCUGCUGGCCUCCUCCAAGAGAGUCAAAGCCCUGAUUCUGGAGGAAAUCGCCAUCGACUGCCACAACAAGGAGACAGAAGAGCGCCUUCUGCAGGAGGCUCACGACCUCCACCUCUCCUCAUUGCAGCUGGCCAAGAAGGCCUUCGGGGAGUUCAACGUCCAGACGGCCAAACACUACGGCAACCUAGGACGGCUCUACCAGUCCAUGAGGAAGUUCAAGGAAGCAGAGGAGAUGCACAUCAAAGCCAUCCAGAUCAAGGAGCAGCUUCUAGGCCACGAGGACUACGAGGUGGCUCUGUCUGUGGGUCACCUGGCCUCCCUCUACAACUACGACAUGAACCAGUAUGAAGACGCAGAGAGGCUCUACCUGCGCUCCAUUGCUAUAGGUAAGAAGCUGUUUGGAGAGGGUUACAGCGGGCUGGAAUACGACUACCGAGGCCUGAUCAAACUCUACAACUCCGUGGGAAACUACGAGAAGGUGUUUGAAUACCACAACGUACUGUCCAACUGGAACCGGCUGAGGGACCGGCAGUUUGCCGUGGCAGAUGCCCUGGAGGAUGUCAACACUACGCCCCAGCAGACCCAGGAAGUGGUACAAGCUUUCCUAUUGGCUCAGAGUCUGGGCCCCACCCGCCCCUGUCUUGGCUGAUUUUAUGAGGGAAGAGGGGAAAACAGACACAUGGGCUUCAGCCUGGUGAGGACACAUAAAGCCCAAAUGUGAUGCUUCAGUUGCACACAGUUAAUUGGUAAUACACAGUAAAUUCAAGCAUCACUGGCAAGUCAGCUGGCUUCAUUGUCACUGCAGCCGCCAGUACACACACAGACAUACACACACAUUUAGUCGUGGAAUAAAAAAAGUAGAGAAGACACCGUUAUCAAACCUCAUCGACACCCACACGAACCACCAAGAUGCAACUCCAGACUGGACGCAUCUUCACCCCACACAGCAGACUGUUGCAUUUCUCCAAGAGAAAGAGGACACACAACUGAAGGGGGGACCUUUUGAAAGAAAAAAAACAACGACCUCAAACGUCCUGUAAGGAUGACAAACGACCUCUCCUCUUCUCUUGUCUCGCUCGCCUUUUUCUUUUCAGUUUGGAAUCGGAGGACAUUUUUUGCUUUUGUAUUCGAACCAGUGUAGCUCUGAACGCCAUGAGACUCAUCGCGGAUCAAAACCAUGUUCCAGGGCUAUGUACAUGACGGUAUCUGGACAUCUGUGAAAAUCCGUGUUUCUAACUACAUCCAUCAACGUCAUCACCUGGAGGAACAGAGAAGGAAAAUGUCAGAUAUUUUUGACACUUGUACAGUAAAAUAUUACUGCAGAUUGUACACUUAAGUUUCAGUUGAAGGCUUCUUGUUUGUUUUUUUCUUUGCAAAGAAAUGAAAGUGGACCCUAAGAAAACUUUGAACUGCUUGGUGGAGAGAGAUUACAGUGGUUGAAUGUGUUGAACCAGUGGGUAUAUUGUUAUACACAGAACAAGCUUCACAGGGCUUGUUUUCAAUUUAUUUUAUCUCCUUUUCCAGCUUAGUACUGACCUAGAAUAAUUAAAAUGCCAAUAAUUUAUAUGCAAACGUGUAUGUUUAUGUAGCCCUUUGUUUAUGCUUUUCUUACUGAGUGAGCCAUGAAUUCUAAAACUGUUCAACACUAUUACUUCUAAACCAAGGACAUGGGUCGGAGUGAGACGAGGAAGGUCUACAUGUACAGAGAGGCUCAUAAGCCACCCUUUAGUAGUUCAUCUUAAGGUGCGGCUUCGUGUCUGUGUGUGUGUCUGUGUGUGUGUCUGUGUGUCUGUUUGUAUGUAUGUGUGUGUAUGUGUGUGUGUUGGUAUACACAGAUAGAACUCUGGGUGCCCAAGUGCUCCACUGAUGAUUACCAGCCUUACACCAGCUUGCAGUUAUCUGUCUGUAGACGGACCCAUACUUCUAAGUGCUAAAUAAACUAUUAUACCCUUAAGGGCACUACAAUGGGGACCAAUAUUGUAUAUUUGUGCGAGUGUGUGUGCAUGUGUUGCCCGCCUGUUUACCUGUGCAUCUGGCCUUUCCUCUCCACUCCAUCCUGUCAAGUCAGAGCCCAUUGAAGCAAAGUUCAAGCAGUUUUUGUUUUUCCAUCCUACUGGCUGUUUCUGUCCAGAAUCCCACCAACUGCUCCACUAUAGAGGUCAACUCUCAUGCUUGCGAGGUUCUUUAAUCAUAAUGAAUGGGGAAAAUAACUCUGAAAGUAACCAGUGACAUGUCUUUUUCUUAAAUUGCCAUGAUGAUCACUUCAUGUCAGUAAAAAUGACCUCUAGCCAAAUCUUAACCAGCUCAGCUUUUAAAGGAUCAGAUCACUUUGAUUACAAAAAAUAAAAAAUAUUGAAUUUGUUUUUGCAACCAAUAAUGGAUGAUAGACUGAUACCAGCAUAGACAUUUGGGAGUUUACCAAUAUCAGACAAGAUAUGUCCAUAGCUUAACCUCUCUACAGUGUGGAAAUCUAGCACCCUCUGCUGGACUAUCUAUGUAAUAGCAACACUGUUUAGAUGGCCUCGUAUGGAAAGCUAAGGAAACAUCUUUGGCAUUUUUCUGCUGACAUUUCUUGUGAUUUUUCAGCCAACAUAGACACACAUACAUCUCUAAUAAGCCAAUAUUGGCCCAGUUGAUUUAUCAGAUUGUAUGUUCUCAGACUGUUUGAAUUGAAGAGUUUUUUGAGGCCUGAAGAGGUAAAACCGUACAGUAUUUAAAGAGAUAAACAUCAUUUUGUGUAGUAGAUAUGUGUUUUUUAUUUAUUUCCUACCCUGGUAAUCAAGACCCACAGGUUGGGCACCAAUGCCCACAUGGUAUCUAGCCUUGCAGAUAGUUUUGGUUGAAUUGGAGCUCUUUUUUUUUACGUUCUAGUAUACUAGACAUUAGAUUCCAUUCCCUUUCACUGUAUCAUCUGUGAUUAUUUUCCCGAUUAAUUGUUUUUUCUAUAAAAUGCCAAAACAUUUGAAAAAUGCAGAUAACAAUUUCCCAGAGCCCAAAGUGACGUCUUAUCCAACCAACAGUCCAAAACCCAAAGACUUCAUGUACAGAGAGGAAAAUUACAUUACAUUACAUUUACAUUUAAGAAGCCAGAACCGGCAGAUAAUUGACAUUUUAGCUUGCGUAAUGACUGAGACAAUUAAUCAAUUACCAGAAUAGUUCUAAAUGACCCUUCCUAAGUCCCGCCCCUUUUUGCUCAGUGCUCCAAUAACAGUUGAGCCAGCCUCGGUCUGAACCUCAGUCAACCUUUUCCCUUCCUUUACCUUAUGCUAUGUGCUAGGCUAAUCUAUGUUGGAAAAGUCAACCACAUUUUGAAGAUGGUUAAAAGAUAAAAACAACACAGUCACAUCUUAAGUUAGUGUUAGAAAAAUGCAAGCUAGUGUUUUGCUAAGAUUAGCUAACUUAAGAUAUGACUGUAUACUGUAUAUGUUGCUUUUUUUUGUUGCUAAAAGAGCCGGGGCUUAGGAAGGGUGCACUAGGGUGGAGGCAGAAACGUGAGAGAUCUCUGCAUAAAAAAACAAAACUAUGUGCAUGGCUAACUACUAUUAGAGGUAAGUGAGAAAGUUUUUUUUUCCUAAUUUGGGUGAACUGACCCUUUAAAUAGCAGCUGUGUGGUCACGAAAGAACUGAGACAAGCAUGUGGCUGUGCAGAGAAGUAACUGCUCUCCCUGAUGGAAAAUGUCCAGCUGUAAAACCAAAUCAGGCAUUAAUAUCUGCAACGUUACUGAAAAUCCAAUGCCUUCGAUAAGCACCCCCACUGUUUAUGUUUUUCAAGAGAAUGAAGAAAACGAGCUUUGCCUUGCUGUCGCUUCAGUGCUGUCGGACGUCUCCCUCUCUAGCAGUGAUGCGAGUGGCUCUAGCUGAGGAGGUCCAGCCUUAGCCCCCUUAAAAGGACGCUCAGCUACACUCUUGGUGCUUCGGCUUCAACAGGCGCCCCCUCCCUCCUGAAACACACACCUUUCCACUGGGAGACGGACAACAUUUUUCCAGGGCGGACACAUGGAAAUGAAUGUUAUAGUCCUAGAUCUAUACACAUGUCAAAUUGCAGAAAACGUCUGAGUCAGGGCACAUAUCUUCGUAAUUGCAAACAUUUAAUGGAACAAUGUACUCUCAAAUACUCCUCCACUGUUAGAUAUCAUCAUGGAUUUAUUUUGUUCUCUCUCAUAGGUCACCUGUUGAAUUGCAUCCUGGUCUAUUAGGACUACCAUAUUGGAGCCACUGGCAAUCAAUUUCUGUAUAAAAAUCUGCAUAAAAAUUCAAGAAAAGGCUAUUUUUCACUGAUUCUGACGUGAAGUAUCUUCUGCCCACACUGCAGCUGAACUUUCAAUAUCUUGCCAUGAUAAAAAAAAAAAAAAAAAGGGUGUUUUUCCAUUAACAGUAACCCUGAGAAACCCGCUCGACUGGUGGAAUGUAAGGUCCGACUCGACAAUACCUACUGGUCAUAGUUGUGAUCUACUGAUAUCUGAAAGGGAAUUACUAUAUAGUGUCAGUGCUGGAGGGGGAGGGAGGGUCAAAGGGUGUGAGGGCAUGCUGGGAAAUGUGGACAAAGAUGUUCAAUAAAGCUGUGAUCUCUUCAACAGCCCUGUUUCUCUUAAGAGUCCGGAUGAUUGACACCGAACGCGAUGAGGGGGAUGUUUUACUGUUGUCCUGUUACUGCUUCACUGUUAGCUGCAAAAACAUUAAAACUUGUAUCAUUGAUCACGAA